AUGGUGUCCACUCCGAAAGUGACCGAAAAAAAAGUUACGUCCAACACCGAUCAAAACGAGUUAACCUUCGAAGAUUCUAAGAUGAACAUGAUGUCCGCAUUUUAUCAAUACAUGUACGAACCGACAAUGAAAUCCGGGAUCGCCAAUGAUACCACCCUUUUCGAUGAAUGGAUGGUUAAUGAUCUCGAAUUUUUCCCAGAAGGCGAGGACAGCUUAAAGUUCCCCGAGACUCCUUCUAUGAGUUACGACGUUUCACCAAUUAUGAGUUCAUCUAUAACUACCCCCUCCAUGGUUUUUGAUAAUAUUCCUACCCCUCAGACAUUGGUUGAUUCUCCUUUAUUUGGAUCAAUACCCACAUCUUUUUCGACCAGCCCAACUCUUGAACCUCCCUUGGGUUUUUUCCCUAACCUUAUUAGUGAAAGUGAAGUCGCAAAAUCUUUGAUUCAUUUACCUUCCGUUGCAAUUCCGACCGAUGAUCAUUCUAUGUCGAUCAACAUUCCUUGGGGUUCUGAUGCCAACAACCCUUCCAGCAUUAUUAAUAAUGAAGCUGCGUCAUUUGUCGCUUUGACAAAUGGUGCAUCAAAUCUUCCGAAUAACCUUACCAACAAUACUAAAGUAGGAUCUGGUAAUUCCUCUCCUGCUGUUGCAGAGGUUGAGAAAGAUCCAGAAAUUCAUGCUGAAGAGUUGGCUAUUAAACGUGCUAAAAAUACUGAUGCUGCACGAAGAAGUCGUCUUAGAAAAGUGAUGAAAAUGGAAUCCUUGGAAAAGCAAGUUUCUGAACUCAAAGAUGAUAAUAACGAACUACAAACUCGUAUUGCUGUUCUGGAAAGUGAAAAGAAAGGUUUGGAAGAGAAGAAUGCAGAGAAAGAUAAUAGG